AUGGGGCAAAUAAUAGCAAACCCAGAGAAAUAUAGUCCAUCGUUGGCGCGGAUGGGCGCGCUGGUGUCGUGCUUCGACUGCUUCUACCCGCGCGGCGAGCGCCCGCUGUCCGACGCGGAGAGGCAGGAGGUGGCGCACGCGCGGAGCAGAGCCGCGCAGGCCGCCGAGGAAAGGGCGGCGCGCUUUGAGAGUUCAGCGGCGGGGAGGGCGGCGCGCUCGGCCAUGGCGGCGGCUGCUGCCAAGCCGCAGGGGCCGUCCAGGGAGGAUGACAUCGCACAACAGUGGCGAUCAGGGUGA